CGCCCGGCCCGGGACGGGGCGGGGCGGGAGCGGCGGUACCGACCCGGCCGCGGCCCCGCAGCCCCGCCAUGUUCAACGUGGAGAGCCUGGAGCGCGCCGAGCUGGGCGAGAGCCUCCUCACCUGGAUCCAGACAUUUAAUGUUGAGGCACCAUGCCAGACCGUGGAAGAUUUAACGAGUGGGGUUGUGAUGGCCCAGGUCCUUCAAAAAAUAGACCCUGCUUACUUCGAUGAAAAUUGGCUGAACAGAAUCAAAACAGAAGUAGGAGAUAAUUGGAGGCUGAAGGUAAGCAACCUGAAGAAAAUUUUGAAAGGAAUAUUGGAUUACAAUCAUGAGAUUCUGGGGCAACAGAUAAAUGACUUCACCCUUCCUGAUGUUAACCUAAUUGGAGAGCAUGCUGAUGCUGCAGAGCUUGGGAGAAUGCUUCAGCUUAUUUUGGGAUGCGCUGUGAAUUGUGAACAGAAGCAAGAGUACAUCCAGACCAUAAUGAUGAUGGAAGAAUCAGUUCAACAUGUUGUCAUGACAGCCAUUCAGGAGUUGAUGAGUAAAGAGUCUCCAGUCUCUGUUGGAAAUGAUGCUUACGUUGACCUUGAUCGGCAGCUGAAGAAAACUACAGAAGAAUUAAAUGAAGCACUAGCAACAAAAGAAGAAAUUGCCCAGAGAUGUCACGAGUUAGAUAUGCAGGUUGCAGCCCUCCAAGAGGAGAAGAGCAGCCUGCUUGCUGAGAACCAGAUUUUGAUGGAACGCUUAAAUCAGUCUGAUUCUAUUGAAGAUCCCAACAGCCCUGCAGGUCGUAGGCACCUGCAGCUGCAGACACAACUAGAACAGCUCCAAGAGGAAACAUUCAGAUUAGAAGCUGCCAAAGAUGACUAUCGAAUACGCUGUGAGGAACUUGAAAAGGAAAUUGCAGAAUUGAGACAACAAACAGAAGAGCUUACUACACUGGCAGAGGAGGCUCAGUCUUUGAAGGAUGAGAUAGAUGUACUCAGGCAUUCUUCUGAUAAAGUAGCCAAGUUAGAAAGCCAGGUAGAGUCAUACAAAAAGAAAUUGGAAGAUCUGGGUGAUUUGCGGCGUCAAGUGAAGCUUUUAGAAGAGAAGAAUACAAUGUACAUGCAAAAUACUGUGAGCCUGGAGGAAGAAUUAAGGAAGGCCAACGCAGCUCGCAGUCAGCUGGAAACAUACAAGAGACAGGCAGUUGAACUACAAAACAGGUUAUCUGAAGAGUCCAAGAAAGCUGAUAAAUUAGAUUAUGAAUGCAAACGACUGAAAGAAAAAGUAGACAGCCUCCAAAAAGAAAAAGAUAGAUUAAGAACAGAAAGGGAUUCCUUGAAAGAAACUAUUGAAGAGCUUAGAUGUGUACAAGCUCAGGAGGGUCAACUCACCACUACAGGAUUGAUGCCUCUGGGAAGACAAGAGCCUUCCGACAGUUUAGCAGCAGAAAUCAUUACUCCUGAAAUAAAGGAGAAACUCAUUCGCCUUCAGCAUGAGAACAAGAUGUUAAAAUUGAACCAAGAAGGUUCUGACAAUGAAAAGAUUGCCUUGUUGCAGAGCCUUCUUGAUGAUGCAAACUUACGGAAGAAUGAACUGGAGACAGAAAACAGAUUGGUAAAUCAGAGACUUCUAGAAGUGCAGUCCCAGGUUGAAGAACUACAAAAAUCUUUACAGGAUCAAGGUUCAAAAGCUGAAGAUUCAAUUCUUCUGAAAAAGAAACUUGAAGAACAUCUUGAGAAGCUCCAUGAAGCUAACAAUGAGCUACAGAAGAAACGAGCUAUUAUUGAAGAUUUGGAACCAAGAUGCAAUAACAGUUCACUUAAAAUUGAAGAAUUACAAGAAGCUUUACGGAAGAAGGAGGAGGAAAUGAAACAAAUGGAAGAACGAUACAAAAAGUAUUUGGAAAAGGCCAAAAGUGUCAUCCGCACAUUAGAUCCUAAACAGAACCAGGGUGCUGCUCCUGAGAUUCAGGCACUGAAAAAUCAGUUGCAGGAGCGGGACAGAAUGUUUCAUUCUCUGGAGAAAGAAUAUGAGAAAACAAAAAGUCAAAGAGAAAUGGAGGAAAAAUUUAUCGUUAGUGCCUGGUACAAUAUGGGGAUGACUCUGCACAAAAAAGCAGCAGAAGAUAGACUGGCUAGUACAGGCUCAGGACAGUCCUUCCUGGCUAGACAAAGGCAAGCCACGAGCACAAGGAGAUCUUACCCUGGUCAUGUUCAGCCAGCAACAGCAAGGUAGAGAAGCCUUGCCUUUAGAAAGAAAACUGCCCUGUGAUCCAGGCCACUUCUGUUGCAAGUGACAACAUUCAAGGAAAAUAAACCAGCAUCCUUUCUCUUUCUCCCUUGUUACUGCUAUUAUUUUACAGUUCAGGAAAGGGUUUUAUUAUGGUUUCUCAUUGUUCUGUAAUGCCCUUUGCUUAUAUUUUUGAAGUCCAUUUCUCUCUCUCUCUCUCCCUCUCUGCAUUUUUUGAAUGUGCCAAAAUUUUAAAACCAUCUAGAGGAGUGCUGUAUCAUAACAGUCUUAUUUGUAUGAAGCCUGGUCUCUUAUGAAAAGCCUUAUGUGGACCAUGUAACAAUGUAAACUUCUUGUCACAGUUGGUACUUUUGUGCCAUAAGGGUUGCUAUGCUUUAUAUAAGACUGUUCUUGUUCAAAGGGAAUUAGGCUUUUUAUUUCAUGUGCUAACCCGUUGCUUCAGAAAAAUGCUGAAAUCUCAUUACAGAAAUGCAAAAUUAGAAUAUAAUGCUAUUGUGAAAUAUAUUUCCUGCUACAAAACUUACCAAUGCAAAAAAGAAUGAUUUUUUUUUUCUUUUCAAACCUCCUACAUGCGAAGUUUGUUCUUAUUCUUGGCAUUUGAUAGGGAAGCAGGAUGAUUUUUUUCAGGUUUUUCUUUAUCAACUGGUGUUACCUCUUUUGCUCAUAGAGAUGAAUAUUUUCAAAUGGUUUGUUCCACUCUUCUUGGUCAAGUGUACACUUAAAUACAUAUUCUAAAAAAGUGGAGAAAUACUUAGAAUGCUCUAAUACGCUACUGCAUCAUCCAUUUAAAAAGGACAUUUGUUUUAAAUUUUAUAAUUAUGGAUGAGCAACACAUAAUGGAUCAAGGCCCCGAUUAAUAUUGUUAAUGUAUUCCAGUUGUCAUCCCCUACUAAAAUACUUGCUUUUAAUAUAUUGAUUCUGGGGAUAAUUGUAUUAGUUGCCUUACUAAUGGUACCAGUGCCUUCAGGUGAGUUUGUUGCUGACUUUGUUGGAAACUGGCUGUGAUUUGUUGUACUGCCUUUUGAGUAUGUAGCUUCUUAAUUGUUGUAGUACCUUCAUGUUCAUCAGUGGGGUGGAUGGAGGUUCCUCCUAUUUAGGUUCUGUUCCUACCAAGUUGUGCUUCUUCUCCUGACUAAUUCUCUGCAUUCCCUAUCAUUUUUGUUGAAGAAUUUUUGGACACAGAGAACCUGAAUAUUGGUUGAAACUUCCAUAUACAUACAUCUUGUUGUAAUUUAGUUUUAAAUAGUUUUCAUUUAGAGACUGUUUGGACCCUGAUGCACAUGCAGUUGGUUUAUAAAUUUAUUCUUUUACUUUAUUUUAAUGCCCUCCCAAGUGAAGACAUUUUGUUAUAAAUCCCUUUAGAGAAAAUACAUAGUAGCAUUUAUUAAUCAUCUGAAUGUCUAUGUUAAUUCACAAGUUGGGUAGAAUGAGCAAAGGAUAAUUAAAACAAGCACACAUAGAUUAAAGGGUAAUAAACAGAUGAAUGACAUUUUUAGGUACUGCUGUUUUAUUCUCAAGUACAUGAUCUGUUUCAGUCUAGGCUAAGAAAUACAUUCAGUAUGUGUCUGAAAAUAAUUUUCAGUUCUGGUUAUCCACCCCCCCCCCCGAAAACAGAUACUGAAUUGUACUGAUUGAAUGUAGCUUUACUCCUCACAUUUGGAAAAAGAUGGUUUUCUGAAAGUUCUCUUUACUUAUUCAGGGUAUGACAGGUCUGGGCUGUGGUUGCAAGGAUUAGGUAAGACAUUGCAAAGUUUCUUGUGUGCAGGAAGGUAACAAUGUGAAGGAAGUUGAGGACAAUUUCUGUAGCUCAGUGAGGUGAUACUCAUUUUGCUGUCUCUUACUGAGAUACAGAAUGCUGUGUGUGUUGUCUGGCAAGAUGACUACAGUUUUUGUGGGACAUCUUUCAUUGAUCUUGUCGUGAAAUGUAUUCUAGUAAUUUGAAGAACUGUUUGCCGCAUGCUGUGCGUGAACAGGAGCAAGUAAGAUCAGUUGAUGUUCUUGUUUGAGAUUACAGCAUUUUAUAUCAGAGAAAGAACCUAAGAAUACCUAAAGCUUCCUUUUUAUUUUAAUCUGUCUGGCCUUUUCUGUUACUAAACUGCCAAAGGGUAUUUGUGAAAGAAAGGAAUGUGACCUUAACGGGGAGCUUUAUCUCUUAAUUUUGUGUCAAAAUUUAAUUCCCUAUUGCUGUUAAUCAAGCACAGGUCUAAAAUAACUAGGACAUGGUCUGCAAACUAGAAUACAACUAGUUGCUUUUAUUUUGUUAACACUUGUUUUACCAUUUUGCCUCCAAAGUUUGGAUGAUUAGUUAGGAGAUGAACAAAUGCUGGUUAGAGGCCUUGUCUUUUCCUUUUACUUUCCAAUCUCUCAUGACUUCUUUUGCUUCUUGGUGGUUUUUGGCUUUUCUCUUCUGCUUUGUGAUUCUGUCUUUCCUUUUCCCUCAAGAUAAGACACUGAAGUGUUUUCUGUAGUUCCCUUCAAGCAUAUAUAGCAUCAUUAUGUAGCAUCAAAGAGCAAAACAAGACUAAUAUUGAAUCUAAACUUUCCUGUUGCCCACAGUGAUUGUUGGGCAAGUGAACAAUCAUUAUGUCUUUUGAGAAUUUACAAACCUGCAGAAAUUCUGGUAUUUCCCAGAAUUUUUGCUGAAUAUAAAAACCUAAAAAUGUACUGCACUCUUACAGAAAUAUACUUGAUUGUUGUCCAGUUCCAGUAAGUCAUUUGUUCUGCAAUAAGGAAUUUAAUUCCUUAUUCUUUAGCAUUUUAGUUCUAUUACUUGCUGCAUGCAUCCAUUGUUAAUCUUUGGGUGUGGAUGAAUGCAAGUGGUUAACAUCAUUAAACCUCCUCUUUCACAAGAACAGCUUCUUUAUUCGAAGGGUUCAAGCUUCAUUAUUUUCCUUGCUUGUUAUGUAGCUUUGGAAGUAGUGUGGUAUUAAGAAAAAGAAGAAGCUCGGAGUGUAACUCCAGGGAAUAAACACAUAUAUAGGUGAGCCACCAGUGAAUGUUCUUUAUUUGUCUUAUCUUCAGUAAUAAAAGAAUAUAAGCAAUAAACCCAAGCUAUAAAACAGAAUUCUCUCAUUACAUUGGAUAGUUCUAGAAAGUUUUUAGGGAUACUUUUUUCCUGAGGCAAUAAAGACUGUUUACAUCAAAAUUGUUGUUGGUAAUUGCUAAAGCAAUGCUAUAUCCUGUCCUGAUACACUACAGAAAAAAAACAAACCUACAACUGAGCUUGAAGAGAAAAGGUUCUCUAGGGCAGUGAUGAAACAGCUGAGGAGUUCAUGAGAGGACUUUGCUGAGCACUGUGCUGAGGGUCUGCCCAGAAUAAUCUUUCUGACAGAUUUUAAUUAAUACCAAUAAAAGUUAACAGAUAAAUGGAUGAAUAUUUUCAUUGUUCAGAGCUGAAGCUUAGUUUCUGACCUUAAAGAAUGUCUGUGCAGUCCAGUUUUUAUACUUCUGUGGGGAGUUAAGUUGUUAGCGUAUCCGAUCAGGCAUUACAGAGAAAAAAUACUCAAGUUUCUUUUCUUGAUAGCAACACAUAGCCACUUGGAUCAUAACACGUAUUUUCUAAGUGCUAGGAAAACUGAAGUAAUCUAAUUUAAAGGUUGUGUGUUCCAUCCACAGUGUAAGGGAAAACAAAUGUCUGGAGCACAGAGCUUUACACAUUGCAAAAUGAAAUAAAUAUGUAGUGGCUACAGGAUGCCUUUCAUUCUGUCUUUGAAAAUAAGCAAAUGCUUAAAUAAGCAAAAGCACUUGUCCUGUUCCAGUGUCACCCGAGUUAGCAGUAAUGCUUCUGCAAGUUUUCUGUGGCUUUCUGUUCUGUAAGGGGCACUGGCAAUUUUAUAAUCAUUGUGUAUGAAAGAAUUAACAGUGAAUAUUCCUAUUACUGCUUUAUGAUGAUCCUAAAUAGUAAGUGGUAUGUGCCAGCUGUCAAGAAAAUUUAAAAGGAUUUGGCAAUUUUAAAGUCCUUGGUAUAUUGUCAUAUGCAGGUAGCUCUUGCUUUUCCUUGGUUCUCUAGUAUAUUAGACUAUACACUUAAAAACAUGUAAUCAUCCUUUCAUGGAUGAAUUUUAGGGGUUUAAUUGUCCUAAUGUGUUGACAUUUUUUUGUAGAUUUGGUAGUUGGAAAACAUUUUGGUGUCACCGUUUGAUUUCCUUCCUGUUAGUGAUUUGGAGGAAGACUGUCCUGAAUGUGGCUAACUUUUCUUUUUAUUAUGAAGCAAAACAGGAUCUGAAUUUUACUUAUUGUAUAGGGAUUUUUUUUUUUUGUUAUUGACCAACAUUUUGACUUCUUGCAAGGAUUGAUGAGGGAGGUAUUUUUGCACUCAAAGUCAGCUAUGCAGUACUGACUUCCUAUGGGUUUUUGCACACGUGUUUUAGGUAGAAUGUGGACUCUGUGUUUUGCAUUAAUGUUGUGUGAAUAGCUUCAGUAUCUCCAAACCAAUUUUAGCAAAUUUUGCAGGUGUUUUCCUCAACUGUUAUUGCAUAAAUAAAUAGCUAAAAAAGUUUACUAUGUCAGAAUAUACUUUCAAGUCAUGGGUUUUUUUUUUUUUUGGAGCAGCCGUGAGACUCUAGGUAGGAUCCCAGCCAUACCUCCAGUUUGUCACUUUUAAGGAAUCAAAAAAAUAUCUUGGCAUGAAUGAUGUGCAUUGCCUUACUCCUGUGAUCUUUCUUCCCUCUGGAAGUCUGGAAAAGUAGCAGAAGCUUAUCAGUGACCCUGCAGGCUAUUACUGAAAAUAAGGUGUGAUUUUUUUCAGUUUGAAAAUGGAGGAGACAGAUGCAAGCAACUGUUCAAUAAAAAAAUGGGAAGAGUAGUGUAUCUUCCACCAUUUUGCAUUUUGGUGUUAAUUUUAAAAGUAAUGAGAAAGAACCUUUGCUUUUUGAGCUAGGUUUUUCUCCUUUUUUUUUUUAAUUAAUUUUUAAUUUUAACUGAUUAUUUAAUUUUAACUGAUUACUUAAUCAGGGCAGAAACUGUCAUUGCCAGCCAGAGCAACCUCAGACUUCUUGCAUCUGGUACAGUGAAACCCUGGAAAUUCUGACUCUGCUGCCAGCUCCACUGUACCAUUUGGAAUUGUUGAGGAUUUAACUUUGUCCUCUGUUUUAUCUUGACUUUAUUUUUGUGGAUUCAUUAAAAUAUUGGGACAUAAAGUUCAUUUUUAAAAUGUAUCAGCUCAUUGAAUUAGGUAAUGAAUGAGUCUUGAUUGAGGACCUUUAGAAAACUUGACAAAUCCCAUGGUGCAGCGAUAUAGCCAAGCCAGUUUUCCAGACAAAUUGUCCUGGUGUCAGAUUAUAGUCAGUGGAUCAACAGGAACUCAUACUAACUGCUACAGCUGAAGUCCUCAUCUAUUAGUUGCUGGGGGAUGGUGUUGGUGUCAACUUCACUGAGGCCCAGACCGUAACCUUCAACUUUGGGCCUUACCAAGGUAGUGAAGGACUAUCUUGAAAUAUAUCUCUGUAUUAGUUGGCUCUGGUGGCAAAUCAGGAAUUUCCUCUGCUGCUGUUUGCUGUGUGUGUGAAGUCAUUUGGAAAAUUAAAUAUCCUUCAAUCCCCUUUACACUGUGUGCCAGUUCCAGACUGGAAGCAGAUUCCGUUUGUCGGAUAAAAAUUUCUUGCUCCUGUUCUGCUGACUUGGAUCUCAGAGACUGAUCCAUACAACAUGAAAAAUAUUGUUAGUAGAGGGAAAUCUAAGACAAUUGGGAAGCCUCUCCUUUCUGGUGGUGACUUUAUUCAUUGUUUUGCAUUAGGGAGGUCCUAAUGCAAAGGGCUGAAGUUAGAAUAGCAUAUUUCAGAAGGAGGAACGUGCUUGUUUUAGUCGUUACAAAAGCAGUCAUUUGCCAACACUUUGAGGAACUGUUAACCUACCAUAGCAUGGUACAAACACUGCAAAAGCAAGGGUUUCCCCAGGUAAACAGCAGUUUGUUAUCCAAAAGGAACUUGAAUCCCCAAUGAUUAUACCUGCCUUAAAGGCCAGUUGUUCUGUUGCCCUGCUUGUGUUGUUAGACUGAUCAUGAAAAUGAGCAGGGUUUUAAGAGAAAAAUACCAAAUGAUGUAAUAUUUAUGGGGCUAUAAAAUAGUCGUAAUGAGACCAUCAGAUUUUUUUAUUUGGGUUUGAAUGUAACAUCAAUUAUGUAAUUUGAAAUUUUGUAAAGCAAGAGAUUAUUAUUUUCAGUCACCAAAGGUUAGUAAGCCAGAGAGUAAACUUAUUUCCUGGAGCCAUCGGUGGUUUUGAGAGAGAUUUUAAAGCUUUUAUUUAGAAGUAUAGGUAAAGUUUGGGAAUAGUUAUAAGGAUUACAUUCUAAAGCCACGAUUUUUAAAAUCUGUAGUCUGCUUUCUAUUCUCUCUGUCAUUCCUCCGUAGACACACAUUAUCUGCUGUAUAAACUCUCUCUUUCUGAAGAUGCUGGAGAUGCAGUGACAGGUUAUGCUCAGUGAAUUUACCCUCACAUCUUGCAUCUCUCUUGUCUUCUGAAGUGUUGCUGCCUCGACAGGUAGCUUUAAAAUAGAGAGAAAGAAGUUGACAGCCAACUUUUUUUUUAGAACAAGAUUAGAAUUUUUAGUCAGGAAAGGGCACUGACAGAUGACUUUUUUACAUCCUUGAAAGAUAAUACAGUGUCCUGAGUUUACAAGACCUCUCAAAAGUACUAUUUACUCGAAGAGAAAUCUCCAGUGUCACUUCCUGUGUGCAACAGGACACUUGAAGUGCUACUAAAUAGUGAGUCUGAACUAAAUAAUAGCCAGGUGAGACUAAAGGAGUAGAUUAUAUUCAUUUAUGCACAAUAGAAUAGGUACCUGCUUACGUAGCUUGAACUUAUAAUUUUUUAUAGAACAACUACAGUGAUCUUCAUAUUAUUAAUCCUGAAUUCUGUAACUUUAUGCACCCAAGCAGUGCCAAGCAAGCUUAACAGACAGUGAUUGCUCAAAAUACACCCUCAAGGUCUGCUUUGAAUGUGUUAAAUUUUUUAUUCCAUUUGAUACAUGUUUCUAUGUUUCUGUUUGUUUUUCGUCUAUAGUUAGUAUUCUGGGUGGAUGAAUGAGAAGGGAAAAAAGAGGGAUACACAAGCUGCAGGACUUGUAGCAGCUUUGUCAUAAAUAUUCUUUCUUCUCUAUUUAACCUGGACUUUCCCAUCACAAGAAGCAUUCUUAGAAUCAUUUAUGACCAGUGCAAUACAAGGGAGAAGGAACUGAGGAGAGAAACGGGCUCUGACUUCAGUCUGGAGAAGCCAGUUUGCUCUUUGCAAUGCAAAGACCCAAAUGCCCAUUUAGUGCUGUGCCAAUGCUGUGUAGGGACAUCUGUGCCCUGGGGAAGCUGAAAGCACCAUGGCUGUGUCAGUAAAGCAGUCCAUUCUGGUCACAAUGCCCAAGAAAGAGGGUGCAUCAGUAAGGAUGGAGAAAUAUGUCAGCCUCUCCAAUUCUCUUCCGAACUUCUGCAGCAUUGUGAUGUGCUCUUUGGACUGCUCAGUGGCUCCUACUCAGCUUUACUUUAACAAGAGUACAUAUCAUUUUCUUGCAAUUCCAACCUGUAUUUGCCUGCAGUAAACAGAACUUGCCAGUGCAGCACAGCAGUGAUGCUGAGUUGUAGCCUCAUGCACCAGAUGAGCUCUGAUGAAACAUAAAUGCCUAAAGUCUUCAGUGGUGCUCAGAGUUGGAAGACUCAGACAGUCAUUGUGACCCUGAUUGUCUUUUCAUACGUAACCACGUGCAGUGUUGGACAGGCACCUUUCACUUUAUAUUGCUUUGGUUCUUUAACUGUUGUACUCACAGACAGCAGGAAUGCCUGAGACUUUCUCAUUGCUGUAUAAACCUAGUUUCCAUAGCUGUAGUGGCUGAGAAUGGUGCCCUGAAGGACUUUACUCAGAAGUGUUUAAAUUUGUCUGAAUUACAGCUAAAUUUAGAUAUUGCCCAAGGCUGUUUUGUUGCUUUUUCCAGUUAUUGGCCUGUAACCUUCCUGUUAAUUUGAAGAGUUGCUCUGGCAAAAAUGUUUUCCCAUGAAUUUGCACCACUCUUGAGACAGCCUUACUAAACUGCUCUGAAAAAUA